GUUUUUAAUAAUAUUUAUUAGUUUUAUAUACUACACUGGGGGAGCGGAGAGCGCACCUUUUCUUUCUCACAACAUCUUUAGGGUGGGGAUGGAAGAAUACACCGCCUGGGAAUGGCAGUGCAGAAUGUGAGCCGACAUGCUCACCCCGAGCUGUGUGAGCAUCUCUAGACACAGAUACAAAGAGAAUAGAGAGUGGACAACUCAUCCAGCACGACGCCAAUUCAGGGUUCUCCAGGAAAACAGAACCACUGGGAGAGAUAUGAGAUUCAUUUAAGGUGUUGGCUCAUGUGAUGAUGGAGACUGAGAAGCCCCCUGAUUUACAUUAAACUGGAGACCCAGGGAAGUUGGUGGUAUAAUUCCAGUCCCAAGACCUGAGAACUGGAGGAGCUAAUAGUUUAAAUCCCAGUCCAAGGGCAGAAUAAGACCUGUCUCCUACUUCAAGUAAGCAGGUUUUGAUACCAGUGCAACCCCUGUUGGAUAAACUCCAUUCAGAGUGUAUCCCCCAGUCAGAAGCUAAGCUACUACAAUGUGAUUCAACCCAUAACAACUAUUAGAUAACAUCUGAAAAUAAAAAAUAUUUCAAACGUAGUGAACUUGCAAAAAAAGAAGAGGAAGCUUAUUUUGAACGAUGUGGCUACAAGAUACAGCCAAAAGAGGAGGACCAAAAACCAUUAACUUCAUCAAAUCCAGUGUUAGAACUUGAACUUGCAGAGGAAAAAUUACCCAUGACUCUUUCUAGGCAAGAGGUUAUCAGAAGAUUGAGAGAAAGAGGAGAACCAGUCAGACUAUUUGGAGAAACUGAUUAUGAUGCUUUUCAACGGUUAAGAAAAAUAGAAAUCCUCACACCAGAAGUUAAUAAGGGAUUGAGGAAUGAUCUGAAAGCAGCUUUGGAUAAGAUCGACCAACAAUACCUCAAUGAACUUGUAGGUGGUCAAGAACCUGGAGAGGAAGACACACAGAAUGAUUUGAAAGUUCAUGAAGAAAACACCACAAUUGAAGAGUUAGAGGCAUUGGGAGAAUCUUUAGGAAAAGGAGAUGAUCAUAAAGACAUGGACAUCAUUACCAAGUUUCUUAAGUUUCUUCUUGGUGUUUGGGCUAAAGAAUUGAAUGCCAGAGAAGAUUAUGUGAAACGCAGCGUGCAGGGUAAACUCAACAGUGCUACUCAAAAACAGACUGAGUCCUAUCUCAGACCCCUCUUCAGAAAGCUACGGAAAAGGAAUCUCCCUGCUGAUAUUAAAGAAUCAAUAACAGAUAUUAUUAAAUUCAUGUUGCAGAGAGAAUAUGUGAAGGCUAAUGAUGCUUAUCUUCAGAUGGCCAUUGGAAAUGCUCCUUGGCCUAUUGGUGUCACUAUGGUUGGUAUCCAUGCCAGAACUGGUAGGGAAAAGAUUUUUUCCAAGCAUGUUGCACACGUAUUAAAUGAUGAAACACAGCGGAAAUACAUACAGGGAUUGAAAAGAUUAAUGACCAUUUGCCAGAAGCACUUUCCAACGGAUCCAUCAAAAUGUGUGGAGUACAAUGCACUAUAAGAUCUAUAUAUAGUGUGUAAAUAACAAUAAGAAACUUACGGGAGCUUGGUACAGACUUCUGGAAUUACAAAAACAAAUGAGGGAAGAAGAAAAUGGAGUUUCUAGUCUCUGAGUUCUACCUAAAGCAACUUUUGGUUUUAAGAACUGUGUGGGCUCUU